AGGAACUUCAUUUCCCAUAAGUCUCCUUGGGAUCCUCGCGUUCUUCCGUUGCUUAUGGCAACAGGUCAGAGCUAGAGUGAGGAGGCAGCUCGGUUUGUUCCAUUGUUUGUGGAGAUAACGAGCCUGAGGAGAGGACACUGGAGCGGACCACUGCACAGAGAGACUCCACCGGCCCGAAGCGGACAUGUCCAACCGGAGCAUCCUCAACGAUGCUGAGAAGGCAGUGAGCCCCAGCCAAGUGGUCCUCGAGAAGAUUUCCUCCUCUGUCCUCAAAUGCCUGCUCAGCACCAGCUCCAACAGCUGCAACCUCCUUCAAGCCGAGGAGCGGGAGAAAAAUCCGAAGACAUCUGGGGUGUGCAGGAGGAAUCGUCCAGGCAUGACGCAGAAGAAGUGUGUUGGAAGAAGCUCUGCACAGACUAACAUCAUGCCCUCACGCAGCAGUUCUGGCCUCCUAAAGCCAGGCCGGAAUAUGGGAGUAGUGGGAAGCGCAGUGGGUUUGAACCCAGCUCCACAGCGAAGAAGAACACACAUCUCCAAUUUGCAUCGUGCUGAGCUGCCAACUUUGCCAAAACCAAGAGUCACUCAGGAGGCAGAAAAUGGCAGAAAGUUGUACAUUUUUGCUGCCCUGAAGCCGUCCAACGUUCAGAAGGAGAAGCAGAAGUUCUUCAAGUCUGCCUUCAGCUGCAACCCUCAGUUUGAGUACAGCAGUCCUGUUCCUCCACCCAUCCUGGAGCGCCACAGCAACGCCUCGGAUCGCUUCCUGACACAGGCAGUGCGCAUCAUGGAGCUGGCCUUGGAGCGCUACGGCAGCUAUGAGAGGUUUGAGCAGGUGACCGGGGGCAGCCUCCUCUCUAAGACCCAAAUCUAUCACAACGUCAAGAAGUACAUGGAGAAGGAGGGCUGUGUGGGGGAGAUCGUCGUCCAGCUGUCGGAUGACCUGCUGUCUCGCGCCUCGAUGACCGUGGUCAACAGCAGGCACACUCUCAACAUCAACGUCUCCAGCGCACGAGAGCACUGGCUGGAGGGCAUGCUGAGGCACGAGAUCGGAACUCAUUACUUACGAAGCCUCAACAACUGCCAGCAGCCAUGGAGCAGCAGCUCAGGGAGGAAGAAGCUCAACCUGAGACCUCUGAACCCAACAGAGGAGGGCCUGGCGAGCAUCCACAGUGUCCUCUUCAGGAGAGACCCCACUCUGUGGCGUGCCGCCAUGCUCUAUUAUACUGUGUACCAGGCCAGCCGCAUGUCCUUCUGUCAGCUCUUUCAUGACCUGGGACGCUUCAUGCAAGACCCCAACACCCGCUGGGACUACUGUGUCCGAGCCAAGAGAGGCCAGACCGACACGGCACAGCCAGGAUGCUUCAGCAAAGACCAGGUCUACCUGGAUGGCGUUUUAAAGAUUCUGAGGUACAGAGACAGGAUCAACUUCCCUCUGCUGAUGGCUCUCGGAAAGGUAUCAUUUGAAGAUGUGGAUCGUCUAAGAGUCUUGGCUCAGAUGGACAACAGCCGCAUCCCCCACUUCAUGCAGGACGAGGUGAAAUACUCGGAGCAGCUGACCAAAAUUAUAACCGUCAAUCAGCUGAGUGACGAGGAGCUGAAAACCAUCAUUUAAGGCGUCCUGACCCGCUCUGUCCUAAGGGAACCUGUCCCUGGAGCUGUGGUCCGCAUGCUUCAGACCACCUCACUUGCAUCAAGAACGUGGACGAUAAGAUGUCCCAAUUUCUAAAACUUCUUCCAUUCAUCCUCAGAAUAAGUUAGAAAAAAGUCAAAUCUGUGUAUUUAAUGACAUAUGAUGUUUAUGAUGUGCCAAAACACCAGGAGUAUUUCAGCCUACUUUCCUAAUUUUGCAAGCAAUGCCAAACUGUUUAAUCCUUAAUUCCAUAUUUGGAUUUGAGAGAAGGUAUCAGUUAUUUUCUUUAACCUGUGUGAUUGUUAUGAAGUGACUCUGUGCUCCUUAAACAUUAAACAUCUUGUUCUUUUAUUUGUCA